AAGAGGAAGGGAUAAGGUCAGCUACAGUAUUUGUCACUUACCUCAGUCCACUCGCUCUCCGGGCAACACCUUGCUCUUCUCCUUAAAAAAAGCAACAUCUUGCUCGCCACCGCCCCAAUCCAAAUCAUGUCUCAUCAGAAUCCAAGUACCCCCAUGGUGAAGCGCCAAGCUGCAACAGCAGCAGCCAGAUCGCGGGUCGUGAAGAUGAACUGGACUGGGAAGGUGGAGAUUUGUGGUGGGAGCCCCCGCGCGUCCGAGGUGUCAUGGGUGCUGCUGCAGGGACCCGGCGAGGACUGGUUGGUUCUGCAGUCGCGGAGAUGAAGGAGGGACUUCGCGGCUUGGUACCGUUUGUUGCGCCGCCGUCGCUAUCACUCAUACAGAGGCCAGGACAAGCAGGGCGCCGUCGACGACCAAACCAAGCCCAGUUUCCAGAUUAUGUCCGGCCUCCAAGUCUGCUUCAUCUACGACGUUUGAGGAGGAGUUCCUUUGCUGCCCCUGCGAUGGACGAGGACGACCAAGCAACGCACGGCGGCUCCUCUGCUUCCGCGGCGAUGGAGGAAACAACACGAGGCGACGCUAGCGAUGUGCCAAGCACUAUGGGCAACAACCGUAGUUGGAUGUACAGAGAGAGAAAAGGAAAGUUGUUCAGUGAAACUUGGAGACAGGGUUUGGAGAAUUUCCUGGAUCAUGCAUUUUCAUUGCCCGAAGCCACUGUAGAUGAGAAAUCCCAUUGUCCGUGCACUAAGUGUUUCUGUCGUCAUAAGCGCAAAAGGGAUGAGAUGACCAUCCAUUUGUGCGCCAAUGGUUUUCAGUUAGGAUAUGAGAAAUGGACUAGUCAUGGGGAGCCUAAUAUACCUGAAAACAUAGAGCAAGACGAUUUUGUGAGAGAUGUAGAUAGAAUGGAUGAUAUGUUAGUUGAUGCAAUUGCUGCGGAAGGAGUUUUUCCAGGUGAAGAACCAACACAAGCUGCCCAAAAGUUCUACAAAAUGUUGGUUGAAGCUGACACACAACUGCAUGCGAAGACAUCACAAACUCGUUUGUCUACUGUGGCACGGCUAAUGACUAUUAAGACACAACAUAAUUUGUCAGAAGCUUGUUACAAUGAAACGAUGACCCUAAUACAUGAUGUUCUUGGAGAUGAUGCUGCAAAAGAACUCCCUACAAACUUCCAUAGGUCAAAAAAGCUUGUGCAUAGUCUAGCCAUGCCAUAUGUGAAGAUUCAUGCAUGCCCCAAAAAUUGCAUGAUUUAUUAUAAAGAAAAUGAAAACAAAGAGAAAUGCCCAAUCUGCAAUGAACCUAGAUACGAGGAAACAACCACAGGGAAUAAAUCUAGGAAGGUACCACGCAAAGUUUUGCGCUAUCUCCCUAUAACACCUAGACUGCAGCGGUUGUACAUGUCACAGAGCAGUGCCAAGCACAUGGACUAUCAUGCUAGGCCACGGAAUAACAAGAAAGUAAUGGUUCAUCCUUCCAAUGGAGAAGCCUGGAAGGAACUAGACAAACAAUUUCCUGGUUUUGCUGAGGAGGUGAGGAAUAUUCGGCUGUGCCUAGCGACCGAUGGAUUCACACCUUUUGGUAUUUCAGCAGCCUCAUAUUCUUGCUGGCCUGUCUUUGUUGUUCCCUAUAAUCUCCCACCUGAAAUGAGAUUCCUUCCAGCUGACCAUGUGUUCCGUAGGAGUUUGAAUUGUUUCCGUAAGAAAACAAAAGUUCUUGAUCCUCCACCGAAGCGCCUCUCCGGGGAAGAGGUAUAUGAACAGCUCCAAAGCCUUGUUCCUGAUGAAAAUGGAAAAAAUACCUUUGCUGAUUUCGGGAAGGGGCACAACUGGAUUAGCAUAAGUGGUUUGUGGCAGCUUGAGUACUUUAAAAAGUUGUUGCUUCGCCAUAACAUUGACGUAAUGCACAAUGAGAAAAAUGUUGCUGAGGCUUUGUUAAGCACGUGCCUUGAUAUUCCGGAUAAAACUAAGGAUAAUAUUAAAGCACGUCUUGAUAUGGAUGAAAUAUGCAACAGACCAAAACUUAAGUUAAUACAGAAACCUAAUGGUGGGUGGCAGAAACCAAGAGCAAAAUAUUGUGUGAGUAAGGAUGACAAACUAAUCAUCCUGAAGUGGUUCAAAGAAUUGAUGUUUUGUGAUGGUUUUGCGGCUAAUUUGAGAAGAGCUGUUAACUUGACCCAAGGAAAGUUUGUUGGACUCAAAAGCCAUGACCACCACAUAAUUAUGGAGCGCCUCCUGCCAAUUGCUCUACGGGGCUUCAUCCCAGAGAGUGAAUGGCGGGCCAUAGCAGAGUUAAGUUUUUUUUAUCGACAGUUGUGUGCUAAAGAGAUUGAUCCAGAACGGAUGCGUACACUUGAAAAGGAGAUUCCUAUUCUGUUAUGCAAGCUUGAGAAAAUGUUUCCACCCGGCUUCUUCAAUGUGAUGCAACAUCUAAUUGUACAUCUCCCGUACGAGGCAAGGGUUGGGGGCCCUGUGACAUACCGUUGGAUGUACGUCUUUGAGAGGUAUGUCAAAUAA